UAAUACCUGACCAGCGCCAGUAAACACGACGAACGACGUAAACGAAUGAACAAGCUUUAAUAAUGAAACGUAGUCGCAAGAUGGCCGACCAAUAACAACAGUAAUGAACAGGCGUCACUGGCGCGGGCGCGCGCGCAUGACAGGCACAAAUGUCCGCGGGCACAACGGGCUCGCUGGCGCAGGAGAUCAUAAGGUGCUCGUUGAUUUGAUUAUUCUCUCAAAGAAGAUGUCGUCAUGUUUUGUGUUUCAGGUUGAAGUCAACCCACUGACGUACUUCGAGAACGUACAAAAGCAUUACCAACUCAACAGAAAAGUUAUUUUGAAUUUGCGCGGUACAAAACCUAAAUGCCAAUCGUGGAACAUGAGAUACACCACACAGAAUGCACAGUACACUCCAUCAUGCAAUAAAAUAGGUGUUGCAGUAGGUCUGUUACAACCACCAUUGUACCACAGCGACUUUCCAAGUGCAAUUAACUUUGGUAGCAUUGGUAUGGCCACAGGUCACGAAAUCACGCAUGGGUUUGACGCUUCAGGGGCGAUGUACAACAAAGAUGGAAACGUAAAAUUGUGGUGGACUAAGGACACCUUACAAAAGUUUGAAAAAAAGACCAAAUGUAUGGAAAAACAAUACUCAAAGUUUUUGGUCUAUGGACACCAUCUCAAUGGAAAGCAAACAUUAAAUGAGAAUAUUGCUGAUAAUGGUGGACUGAGAAUAGCCUACGAGGCUUAUUCUAAAUGGUUACAAACUCAAGGUCCAGAUUUGACUCUACCAACGAUCAGCUUAACCCCAAAACAGCUGUUCUUUUUAUCAUUUAGUCAAACAUGGUGUUUGAAGAACACGAAAAGCGCUUCCAUCUACGCCCUUUUUACUGAUGAGCACAGCCCUUCAAAAGCCAGAGUAAACUACGUUUUGAGCAAUAUGAAGGAAUUUUCAGAUGCAUUUAAAUGUGCCAAGGGAUCGCCAAUGAAUCCCGAGAAGAAAUGCAUAGUGUGGUAGAGUGAAGUCAUUAAACCCGUAAAAUAGAUAUUAGACUAACACACAUUAGUAGACCCUGAUUUCAUUGUCUUCUUUUGUGUCUAUUUGACUAUUACACGUUGACUAAUAUUUUUUAUUUCACGGGUUAAAAGCCUUCUCUCUAAACCGCAAACUUGCAGCUUAUUUAGUCUUUGCAAUUGUUUACAAGUCUGGGAAACAAUUCUUGAUUAUUUAUAUUUAUUCGGGUCUGAUGGGAGAUGUUUUGGGCUUUUUUUAUAUUGAAUAUUGCUUGAAACCGUUUGUCAAAUAGUUCAAAUGGAAAUUAUUUUAGAUCUUCAAAGAAGGUGGGGUUAAAAAAAUAGAGGGUAUAUUUUUGUAAAGUCAUUGCUUUGAUUGUAAUUUUGUACCUUGUGUAAACUUAACAUUGAAAUAAAAUAAAGAGAUCAAUGACAUUCCA